AUGUCGGCCAACGUGAUCAGCGACAACAACCAGCAGCCAGUUAAUGAGUGCUCUGGAGAUGAUGAUGAUAGUGAUGCCCUGUUCGUGCCAACCUCUCUAGGGUUGGGUGCUGGUGGUGGCAAUGCCCAGGAACGGGUAUCCUCCAUAUCGUUGAGGAAACGACAAGCUGAGAGAGGCCAAGAAGAAGAAGAAGAAGAAGAAUCCAGCCACCCAAAGUUUUCCGUGACAUCCUACAAUUCGGCCUUUCUACAAGGCCUCUUUGGAGAUAUUGCUGCCAACAACCCCAAGGAAGAUCUGAAUGACGCCAAGGCGGAUACCCUUAGAGCUACCACCUUCAACUCGGAAUCCAUGGCAUCCAUCAAGAGUGAACACAACCUUGCAAAGCGUCGCCUAGUUUCUGCCACCAAAUCCCUGCAACGAUGUGGCCCCUCCUUGGCCAAUCUGAUGUCUGCUGGUUCGGUGGUAGUUUCCCCCUUCAAGUGCAGGCAUUCGUCGAUGAUCCUGACCAAGCCCAAGGACCUUCCUGCCACAGUGAGUGCAUCCUUGUCCUUUCAACUCGAUCGGAGCAAGUCGACGGAUGAUUUGCCCCGCAAGGUCGUCACUUCUUCUCAGGAUACCCCCGAAGGAGACUUUGGGUGGUUUGUGGAUCCGGAUGUUCACGGUGAUUCGAACGCCCGUCCCCGCACGCAGACUCAAAAGUCCAUUCCCUUGGCAUUUUCGGCUCCCACUGCCCCCAUCCCCAACGAACGUAACGAUCAGGCGGAAGUGGAAUGGGCUCAGGCAGCGGACACAGUCGAUGAAGUCCUCGGAGACUUUUUCUAA